AUGGAGCAGUACUUCUCAGCCACCCAGAAGAUGGAGCAGGAGGUGAUGUUCCCCAGCCUGCUCCGAGGGGUCUUCCCACAGCAGGAGGGGGCAGCGCCGGCCGCGGAGAGCCGCACGGAUCUCUACGAGCGCUACCAGCUCCUCAAGGCCAUCAAGCCCAUGGUGGAGAAAGGCCUGGCCUCUGCCGGUGACCAGAGCCCGAGCGGUGCCGACCCCGACGCGGACACAUCCUUGGACAGCAGCGAGGCCGGGGAUGCCCAGCUCGAGGAGCGCCUGUCCCACCACCUGACUGGCCUGCAGCAGGUCCUCACCCACCUCACCAGGGACACCAACGCCCUGACCCGGAGGUACAGCCAGAUCCUGGAGCAGAUCAACCUCAGCGAGGGGCAGCCCAGCUGGUGA